AUGGGGGUGCCGCUACUACUCGAUGUGCUCCGCAAGCCAGCAACCACGCUCGUCGUCGCGCUCUGCUCCUUCAUCUGGUUCCAGAUCCAGAAACGUGCUAUAAGCUACCCCGACGUGGGGAUAAGCUACGACGCAGUCGUCUCGCACCGCCAGUUCUGGCGGCUCGCGUCCGCGCCGCUCUCGCACAUCUCCCUCCUGCACCUCCUCUUCAACGUCUCCGCGCUCUGGAGCAUGGGCGGGAUCGAAACCCUAACCUCCGCUGACAUCAGCAAGGUUGCCGUUAUGGCCACUGGUGGUGCUGCUGGCAAUGCGACGUCCAGCCAAUGGCAGUCCGCCCCUUCCUCCUCUCUGGCUCAAAGCAUUCCGCACUCUUCCAUUUCUGGCAGCCUUACUGGUCCGAGCAACUCCAGCACAGAACCCUCUGAGCCUGUAGAAUCUACUGCUACUGCUGCCGUGGCGAGAAGAGGAUUGGGAGAAAUUGCCAACGCAGGUUCGAUUCAGGGGCAGCAGCAGCAGAAUUCAGCGGACGAGAGUGAUCGGAAGCAGCAGCAGCAACAGCAGGGUGACAAAGCAGGGUUGCCAACAAACGAGCAGCAUCUGGCGGCGGCAGGAUGGGAGCCAGGAGGGUCCAUCGGGUACCUAAGAGACUCUUUUCUCAUGCUGGUGCUGUCAGGGCUGCUGGGUCUAGCCGUGUACCACGUGCUCAUCCACAGGUGGCGCCUGGAGUAUUUCCGAAGAGUGACAGCAGUGGGGUACUCGUGUGUGGUGUUUGGGUGGAUGACGGUGCUGUCUGUGCGCCGCCCCGCCAUCACGCUCUCGGUUUUUGGCCUCAUCAAGCUGCCCGUGUCGCUGGCCCCGUUUGAAUCUCUCAUCUUCACGUCCUUCAUCGUGCCGAAGGUGUGA